AUGCAAGAUCAAAAAGGAAAAUUGUACAAGAAAAAAAAGUGUUAAAUCUACUAAAAAAUUAUAAGAGAUUCCCUCCAUUUCUACUCCAAGAAAACCCAAGAAAAACGACUAAAUAUUAUCAUAGAGUAGUCCCAUAACUGGUACUUCAAAAAAUACAAUUGAAACUAAACGAAGCAUGUAACCUGGAGAAUUAAAAUCUUUCAGAAAAAGUAAUAAGAUUUAUAAAUUAGAAAAUCACCAAUAAUCCAAUAUAAAGAUACCUUUAUUCACUAAAAAAUUAAAAUAUAAUAAAAAAUUGUCAAUUCAAAAAUUUAUAAAGGAAAACUAAUAAUCUAAUUUUAUAAAAGAGAAGCUUAUGCAAUAGAAAAUUGUGAAUUAAAAAUAAAAAAAGUAUUAUUUAGACUUAAAUAUGUUUUUAGAUUAUUCAAUCUAUAAAAAUUAUAAAUAAAAACUAAUUAAAUAUUUGAAAAUACUAAAAAAUUAAAGUAGAAAACAUAGAUGAAAAAAAAGUUGAAAAGAUUCAAAUUAUAUGAAAUUAUCAAAAGGUUUUAAGAAAUUUCCAAAAGAUAUGAAAAAAUUUAACUUAAUUAAAUUGCAAAAUUUUAAUCUAAAGUAGUUAAGUAUUCACAAUCUUACAAACCUUAAACUAACAAUGAAACCUAAAUCAAUAUUAAUUAAGUAGAAAAAUUUAAUAAAUUUAAUUUACAUCAAGCAGCCUUUUAAUUUAAAACAAAUGUAAAGAAUUUAAAAAGAAAGAAUAUUCUUAAACUAAAUUAUAAUAAAUCAAUUUAUAUUGGGAACCAUAAUAAGUAUCACCAAGUAAAUUUGAGGAUGACUUUCCUUUUUAUUAAGUAGGAGAAAAUAAGUUCAUAUUUCAAAUUUUAGAAGUUCAAUCAUUUCUGAAGAUUCUUCAUCUUUUGUGAAUUAAUUAGAUUAGGAAUUUGAUAAUUAGAAUGUCUUUACUUAAAGAAUAGUUGAAUAUGAAGAUACUUCUAGCAUUAACAAAUAAAUGCAAUAAUAAAUUAUAUCUAUAGUUUAAAAGUUAAAAUAGUAUGGAAAUAUUGCAAAUAAAAUAAGUGAAAAUGAAAUUUUGAAGGAGAGAAGUAUAAAUAAUCAUUAAAAAAUAUCCAGUGAGGAUCUUACUAAAACUUAUAUACUCUAAUUAUAAUGACAAUUGUAAUAAGAAUAAAACUUAAUAUUAAAUUACAGAAAAGAAGCACUAAACCUCAGAUACAAUAUUGAAUAAAAAAGUACUACAUAAAAAGAUUAGUAAUUACUUGAUGAAUGGCUCAAUAGAGAAUUAGAAGAUUUAUAAAAUACAAGAAAGGCUUUUGAAAUUAGACAAAGGAGAGAAAUAUCAACGUUAAAAAAAAUUCAAAGAGAUAUACUGAUUACUUCUGCAGAACCUUAGUUUGAUUUAUAAGAUAGCUUAUUGAUCUAAUAAAUAUAAUAAUAUAUAGAUGAAUAAUUUAUUGGUCUAAAAGUUACGAAAUAGAAUUAGAAAUCAUUUAAGAAUAUCUAAGAAACUGUAAAUGUUUUAUCCAUAGAAAUCAUAAAUGAAAUGAUAACAGAUUUUUCUGAAGAAAUAUUAAAUAAAAAGGAUGACCUUUAUCUAAUAAUUUCAUAACUUUUUAUGGAUUAUAAUAACCUCUUUGUAUUCCUACUUCAAUAUCUGAUAUCGAAUAAUAUAGAUAACUUAUUCAAAUAUAUUUUGGAUCAUCAUAAAUAAUCCUUAAUUAAAAAUAUGAAUACUCCUUUUGGAUUUACACCUUUGGAAAGAUUGAGACUGAUACAUGGAAAUUAAGAAGACGAAGUAAAUAAUGAUGGUUAAGAAUUCCAAAAAACAAUUGAUUAUCCACUAGAUGAAACUAUAUAUAUUGAAUAUAAAAAUUAGAGAAAAUGCAUGACUAAAAAUGAUGAUGAAAUAGAAUGGGCUAUUUUAGAAUUACAGCGUAUUCAUAAUAUAGCUAUCUUUGAUGCUUGUAAUGAAGUUUUAAAUCAUUAUAGACCAUAUUAUUAAAGUAAUAAUUUAAAUUACAUUAUAAAGAUUCAGAUAUAAAACAUUCAUGGGAACAAAAUAGAAUAAAUUUAUAAUAAAUAUCAAAUGAAAAUAUAACUUAAUUAUUGGAAAAAGUGAAAUUAAUAGUAUCAAAAUAGAGUAAAGUUUUAUGGGGUUUUUAUCCACCUGAAGAUUUCGAAACUGUUAAAUAAGAGAAAUAAGAUAUAAUUGAUGAGAAACAUAUAUUAAUGCUCAUGUAGCAGUUAAGUUAAGUGGAGAAUCCUUUAUAAGUGGAUACAAAUGUCUAAUUUGAUAAUUUGGAUUUAAUUAGAGAUGAAUAGUUAUACAAAUUACUUAAAGAGGAUGUAAACUAUUUAUAACAUAUAUUAGAUUAAAGAAUAGGAAUACAAGUGGGAUUUGAUUGAGAAUAAUAGAGUUGAAUACUUAAUGGAGUUGAGUGAUCAAAUUCUAGAGACUCUUAUAGAUGAAUUCUCGAAAGAAAUAUGA